CUUUGCUCUUUUUUCUUAACCGCUCCACUUCUCUGCUCAUUCACCGAAAUUUGAACGUACGUAAUCUACAGUUUCUUUCCAUUUUCACAUUCUCAUUCUCCUUCAAUGGGAAGAGUAGCAGAUUCUGAUAUCAAAUCCCGGUUAGUCUCAGAGAUUUUCUCCUUUUCUACAACCUCCAUUGACUGUUCUCAUAGACGUAGUUCUACUACCACUAACACUAGCUUCGUUGAGUCACAUUUCAUCGACUGGUAUCGUCUUCUUGGUGUUGGAGAAGAUGCAGGAAUAGAUGUUAUAAGAAAGCGGUAUCAUAAACUUGCUUUGCAGCUUCAUCCUGACAAGAACAAGCACCCCAAAGCUGAGACUGCCUUCAAGCUUAUUUCAGAGGCAUAUACUUGUCUCUCAGACAAUGCCAAGAGAAGAGCCUUUAACUUGGAGAGAUGGAAAAAGUUCUGCAUUGAAUGCAACAGAAUCCCCUACACAAGCUGCAAGUCAUCCCCAAAGGUCAAGGAUUGGAAGCCUGCAAACUUUUCAAGAUCUUAUAAAAUUCUGAGAAACCUGAGGAACAUUAAGGAAAGGUUCAGAGAGGAGGCCAAGGUGAUAGAGAACUGUUUGAGUGCUAAUGCUACAACAUCAGGAAAAGAAUUUCCAUUCUUCAGUUCAACAGAAAAUCUACUCCAAAGUCAGCACAGGACCCCAAAGGAGUCCCCUAUAUUCAACCCGUCUGACUAUUGCUUCCAAGGCUACCCGCAUCUCAGGAACAGAAUAUACAUGAAACCAGACAACUUUUGGUACUUCCAUAGAGAAAGUAUACAUAAAUAUGGAAAGGGAAGGGAAGUGCAUGAUUCACCAAUCUUUGAGAACAGAUCAGAAAGGGAAAUGUAUAAAAGCAAAUCUACUUGUGUUCGUUCAUAGCUAAGAAAUUUGAUUAACAAUUUAAACAUUUCUUUAAUAAA